AUGUCGCUCCGAUGGGUUACGCUGAGAUGUAUUGCCAGGCACUCGGUGGCCAUCUCCUCUCGAUUCCAAAUUCAUUCAUCAACCUCGAUGAUCACUGGAAUUCAGCUCACAAGAUUGACGCAAAAGCGUGGCUACCUGGGGUUGCAGAGGGAAAAUGCGGCUCUGUCUUGCCCACCCGGAUCGACCUAUGUUGAUGAGGUCCAAUCGUGUCUGCAUGCUGACAAUAAUUUGGUCUCUUUCGCAUUGGCCGAUAAAGUCAACAUCUAUAUUGGGAUUUUUGGCGAGUUCGAUGCCAACGAUUUUCGUUUUGCUUUCACCAAAGUACUCGGCGAAUGUCCAGAUUUUAGAAGUCUACCUCCAAACGCACAUGGCACGAUGACCGCCGAUAACGAGGCAGCCAGAGAAGAGAGUGCGGUCCCGGUCACGAGUUCCUUUUGUGCAUUCCCUGAUUCGGCCGCAAACGAUUUGACACCUCGUCCUAUUCCCGAAGGGUUCACUCUCGGUCCACUGAGAGCCGAAGAUGUCGACUUUGUUUUGCAUCAUUGGCCUUACGCAGCCUCGGACGAAGCAGAAGCCUUAAAUGCGGCACUGAUUGACAAGAGGACAAAUUUGCCGGCUUGUUUUCUCUUUCUUGAGCACAACGGAAUGCUCACCAGUAUGUAUACCGUCGAACAGUAUCGAGGCCGCAAAUUUCAGGACAUUGUCUUUACCGAUGUGCUCGCUCAAUGCCAUUCGAUGGGCGUCCAUCCGUGGCUAGGUAUCUCGCCGAGUAACAAGCCACUACUUACCAUGACGCCCGACGUGAUGAAGGUUCGAACCCCGACCGGAGGUCACCAAAAGCGUUCAUGUUUUUCACGAAACUUGGAUCUGCUCAUC